GUCAGAGGGAUGAUCUCCAGUGCCCUCCAUACAGCAGAUGGCAAGGUGUGGCGCGUGGUUCAGAAGGUCAUCGACCGGCGGGAGGCGUGGCCGCGCCUGGCCAAGGAGAAUGCUGCGAUGCUGCUGGCAUUUGCCCAAGGUGCACAUGGCAGCAUACGGGCAACUCCUCACACCGGAUUCUUCUGGGGCAGCCGCGAUUUCCUCUACCUGGUCUGCCGAUACAUACGCGCCAGGCCAGAAAUCUUCGACCCUAUGGUAACUGCCAUGUUCGAAGAGGUGUACAGCAUGGACCCCGAGCUUCCGGCAGAGGUGAUAGAUGCAGUCUUCAAGGAGCUCCUGGUCCACGAGGGUCUGACGUUCAAUCAGUGCGAACAUGUGAUUGACAAGCUCAUGCAAAGGGGAGAACAGAUGGAGUACUUGUUCCACGAGUGGUCCGGAGUUUUCCCAGCCCUGCCUGCAGCUGCACGACAAGCACUAGCCAAGGGUCUGUUGCCCUCAAUUGGCCGCUGUCCACAUGCUGCCUUGGACUUCGUGCUGAAGGAGCUGGAUGCACUGCCUCAGCCAGAAGGCCACGAGAGCGCACUAGCUUCCCAUCCCUUUGCUUCAUGA